UAUGAGUACAUAUCAUGCAUAAAAAUGUAUUUGCUUUUUGCUUUCAUUUAGAGAUAGUAAGUAAAAGAUAUAAGACUUUGUAAGGAAUUGUGGAAAAGUAAUAUUUAAUAGAGAAAGCAACAGAUUAUUUUACGCAAUGGGUUUUACAAUAUAUCUAAUCAUAUUGAUGGAAAUUAGAAUAAAUUAUGCAAACAUAAAAUGGCUGGGCGUCGAUCAGUUCCCAUCAAGUUCAUCUUGGUCUCAAAAUAACGUAUGUCGCAAAAACUUUGGAUUCAAUGGCAGACAAGUUAGCUUUUGUCGAUCGAACUUUGAAUGGAUGUCUUUGACAAAAGCUUCGACAGCUGACACAAAAGAGGAGUGCAAAGACAUGCUAAAAGACAGAAGGUGGAACUGUCAAAGUGUAAACAAAGCUCCAGAAUAUGACGAUGAUUUGAAAAAAGAUACAAAAGAAUCAGCGUUGUUACAUUCUUUGGCAGCUUCUUCACUAGCAUUAUCUAUCGCCCGUGGUUGUAUGGCCGGAAAACUUGAUAAAUGUUCCUGUUUUCAAACAACACGUCAAUUUUCAUUUCCUUCUGAAAUGAUUGAUCCAAGAAAUCUUAGCAAUAUUGACAACAUGGUUGGAUGUAAAGACAUUACUCGAGUAGGAGUUGAAUUUGCUAACUUGUUUAUGAAGCUAGGUUUUAGAGAAAAAGCUACCAAUGAAAUCCAAGAAAAGUCUUACACCAUACGAAAGCAUAACAUUGAUCUUGGGCUUAAGGAGUUAGCUCAAGGAGAGGAAAUUGCUUGUAUUUGCAAUGGGGCAACAGCUGGCUGCACCACAAAGUAUUGUCAUCGAAGGCUUAAGGAAUAUCCCGUGAUUUCUAAGAUUCUUUUAAAAAAGUAUGAUGAAGCUGCAUUUGCUAAACUAAAACGAUUACCCGUAAAUGACGUAAAAGAAGACGUUAAAAAUACAUUUCAGAUACCCUUCUCUCAAUCAGAAAAGCUUCUUUAUCUAGAUGAAGGCCCUGAUCAGUGUAAAAUUGUAAACGGAUUUCAUAAAUCCUCCAGAAGGCAGUGUGUCCUUGACGAUGCACAGCCUAAUAGUUGUUCAAAACUAUGUUGUUAUGGAUACCGUGAAAAGGUAAUUGAAAUAAUUUCAGAAUGCAAUUGCAAGUUUGUGUACUGUUGCAGGGUGGAAUGCGACAAAUGUAAAAGUAUGAAAAAGGUUUACGAAUGCGUCUGAAUAAAAUGUAAAAAUUGGCAUGUAAACCGAAAAAAUAAAGCAUCAGUUUACAAAAAAUAAUUGGCACCAUCUUUAAUACUCCCUGUUAGCUGACUGAUAAGCAAAAAAGGUGACGCAAAAUAAAUAUCAGCUUUUGUGAGACACCGUAAAAUUAAUAAUCCAAAAGAGGUCAAACUUAUUUAAUAGGUUUUAAUCUAUUUUUUAGUUUAAAUUUGCUUUUCGUAUGAGAAGGUUAACCAUGGGCUGCCUAAAUGUUGCUUAAAUGUUGCUUGUUGGUAAAAACAUAAAGCUGAAAAAUAGAGUUUGUCGCAACACGUUUUCAGAUUUGUAUACAAGUUGCAAUAGAAUUUGCCCAUAAAUGUGCAUUUUCAUAAAUAGUUUUAUAUUUGCAAGUUGUAAACACUUUUUUUUUGAUAUAGUUUAUAUAUUUUAUUUUGUUAUUAACUUAUGUUAUAAAUAUAAUGUUAUAUAAAUUUAUUUAUAUUGCAGCCAUUUUGAAAUUUGUAAAUAAUCUUAUUUAUUUAUCGUGCACUUAUUAACUUGAAAACGGAGUUAAAAAUGUUCGA